GAUUUUAACUCUUCUAUCUAAUUGUUGUUAUGAAGAUUUGCUUAAAAUGUCAAAAGUUGUCGAGCCUGUCUCGAUUUUCUUAAACGUGUAAACCUUUUAACGACGAAACAUUUUAGGAAUAGAUAAUAUUUUGAAACCUUAAUUGCUAAUACACUAAGUUAAUUUAUGCACUUUAUGAUUGACUCCAUAAAUUAUUUAAGAUCUGUGUUGAGAUUGUUUGUGAGACUACGAUACAUGAAUUAAUUUAAAUAUCUCAUUCCGUAUUUUAAUUAACUUAAGAUUUGUUAAAAAUCUCAACCAUGUCCUUUAUACUUUGUAUUUUAAAUUGAUAUUGUAUUUCAUAACAUUUCGGAUACAAGUAGUAAUGAACCUUACUUAAAUUCUCCUAACUUGGGGGAACGAUGCAAAUUUUUUUUAACUAUUAAGAUGGGAAAGUGUACCCCAAUAACAAGAAUAUUACCUGCUUCUGUUGCUUGGAUUCUUUUGCUUUGUGCAACGGGAAUCUUUUUUGCUUUUCCAUGCCGAUAUUUAAUGUCAGUGUAUUCUAUCGGAAUUCCUAUAUUCCAAGGAGUGAUUACUUUUUUUGUGAUUAUAAAUUUUGCUUUGGCCACUUUUGUGAAUCCUGGUAUUAUUCCAAAAGCUCAACCAGAUGAGUUGAAGGGUGAUGGUAUUUCACCUACUUACAAAGAUAUUGAAAUUAAUGGGAUAAAAGUGCGUUUGAAAUGGUGUGUAACAUGCCAGUUUUACCGUCCUCCCCGAUGUGUCCAUUGUGGAGUUUGUGAUAAUUGCAUAGAGACAUUUGAUCAUCACUGCCCCUGGGUUAACAAUUGCAUUGGCCGACGUAACUAUCGUUAUUUCUUCUUGUUCCUUUUCUGGUUAAGCAUUCAUAUGAUCUCAAUUCUAUGCCUUUGUUCUUUUUAUUUGAAAGAUCAUCUUGAUAAUAUUAAGAGGCUCACAACUUUGAUGACCCUUGGUAUUAUUGCUUUAAUAAUAAUUCUCUUUAUUCCCAUCCUUGGCCUAACAAUCUAUCAUCUGAUGUUAAUAAUCAGAGGAAAGACAACAAAUGAGCAGGUGACUGGAAAAUUUUCUAAGGAUAAAAAUCCGUAUUCAAGAGGCUGCUGUAAAAACAUGCUAUAUACUUUGUGUAAUAGUCCACUUCCAAGGUUUAAAUCUGAUGGCACUUUUUAUUCUUUAAGUAAUCGGUACUCUUCAAGAAGUCUGAAAGAACAAACUUUUCAUGAAAGUCAGAGUUCUAACUCUCUGAAGGCAUCAUCCGUGCAUUUUACCUAUUCUGACAAAAAUGACUUCAUGAUACCGAAUCAAACACUUUCAACUGACUGUGAAAGCUCUCCACCUUCAUAUUUAAAUCGUGAGAGUUUACAUUUAAGCCUUAGUGAAUCACUUUAUACUAGGCCAGAAUCUCAUUCAAAAAAUAGAAGCUCUAGAGCAUUAACACCGCCUGUGCCAAUUAGGUUUGACUGCUCAAGAAGAUCCCUUCCUCCCCACAAUAGGCUUCAUGCACCUUCUCCUCAUUACGUAGUCGCUCAAUCAAUUCAUAGUCCUCCAUUUACAAAGGAUGUUUCCAGAAUGAGUGCUUGUACCUCCGGACAAUCUUCAAAUCCAACCCUGUAUUGUUCUCAAAGUCAAAACCCUUCCUUUAUGAAGUAUGAUUAUGGCGCUACUUCAGCUGAUGCCUGUGCACCUAACUCCAAUUAUUAUUCUAAUGUGUACAAUAAACGGAAAGAUAUGUUUUCUAAGCCGGAGGGUAUUUCUUUUACGUCUCCUGAAUCUGCAAGCAGUGGGAAGAUGCUGGCAUCUGACACUUGCUGUCUAGGAAACCAGACAGUGGAUAAAUUGCAAGAAAUUGCUAACAGAACGAUGAUUGGAGGGCAGUGUACUGAUGUUUCAGUUCUGGAAGCAUUUCCGAAAGGUUGCAGUAGUUUUCAUAAUAGUCCUAACAAAGAACAUUAUGAUGGUCAUCAAUUGUUAAUUGCUCAUACACCCCAGCAACUGUAUGUAAAUAACUGCGUAGAUUGUCAACAAUCUUCUUCAAAUCAUUCAUGCCAGAGCAGUGUUUCUGGAGAGUUUGCACGCACUCCAGGCAACAGACCGUUAUCUUUUGUUAAAGCAAUGGAAAUGUCUGAGACUAUGGACUUAAGUGAUUGUGAUUUACAGCAUCCUCGAUUUCAUGUUAGUCAACAUUCCAGAUUAACUCAGAACUUAUCUCCUAGUUAUAAAGUUGUUGCUCCUAAUGCAAAUGUUGUACCUGAUUACAAAACAAGGAAAAGUGAUCCUGAUGUUAGCUAUGAAAUAUCAGUAUGACAUUUAGAAUUUUAGAUCUCAAUAAAGGAUUCUUUUAUUUUUAAACUUAUUGAAUGGUCAGAUUUUUAGUCAUUGCAUUUGCAUAAGUAGGGUUUUACUGAAUUACUUUCUUUGCAUGUUUUAAUUUUUUAAAAUUUUAAUAAACUUUGUAAAUUAUUAUUUUUUUAUUAAUUUUGCAUUAAUUCUUUAACUAUGUAUCAUCUUGGGCUAAGUUGUUUCAUAUUUUACCUGUCAAGCAUUAGUUCAAAAUUGAAAAACAUGCACAGAAAACUAAUUUUAUGUUAAAAAGCCACCGAACCAUACUCAAAACAGAGUAAAAAGAUGACAUUUUUAGGGUUUUUAACUAAAUCUUCUAGAUUAUCUAAAAGCUUUACAUUCAUAAUAAAGCUAAGUUUUAUACAAUGAAUAUAAAGCUAAAUUUGUAGCUAAGUUUUUUUAAAAUUAUUUUUUACUUUUCACUUUUUAAUUAAUGUGAUUAUUAAGUACUAAGCUUAUUGAUAAUACUUGAUAACUUUUUUUUUGCAUGACUAAUACUAUACUAAUAAUCUUGACUUUUCUAAUAAAUAUACUUCAUUUAUUUUCUUAGUUACUGUUUGAUAAAUAGCAUGUUUCAAAAGAAAUAUAAAUUAUUACAAAAUAUUGUCUUUAUUAACAUCCCAUUGCAAUUAUUCAUUUAGAAGGUAAAACUACUGUACAUGUAGUUGAAAAUCAGCGCAUUUUCGAUCUGUUUUAAUAGAGUUAAACAAAAGCCUCAUGACAAUUCAACUUUAGAAAAAUAAUUUGAUAGUCAGCAAGAUUAAAUAUUCAUUUUAAAAAAAUGCAUUUAGGCUGGAAUAAAACAUAAAUAUUUUACUGUAAGAAAUUUAUCUUACCUAACUGGCUGUUUCAGUAUUUUUUUCCCCCACAUGUUCAAUAGUUAAACAUUUUUCACCACAAGAUCUGAAAAUUACUAUUUUAAAAGAAUACAAGUGAAUUGCUUAUAAAGAAUACUUUUCUAAAGCAUUGCUAAACUUAUAAGAAUUUUUUAAAUCUUGUUUUCAUUUUAUACAUCAUAAAUUUUGGUAUGGUUGCAAUAUUGUAUAAAAUAACUGUCGCAAUACACCUAAUUAUUGUAAUGCACAUUAUUGGUUGAAAGAAACAUUUAUUAAGCAUUAGUAUCACAUUCUAUUAAUAUAGAUGAUUCAAAUAUUUUUUAUGAACAUACACAAAGGCAUUUGUCAGGAUACCGUUCAAAUGUAAAGUUUUGGAGAAAAAAUAUAAAUUUUAAAAACAGGAUUUUUAUUGUUUUAAUUUAAAUGCACAGGAAAGGAGUGAGAGCAAUCGGAAUUUGUUAAAAGUUGUGGAAAAAAUUUAUUAUUUAAAUUUUUUCUGUUUUGUGAAUCUUUUCAUUUUAAGCAUCACAAAAAUCUAAUUAAACACUUGUAUUUUUUUAACAAAUAUGUUUUGCAAUUACAAAGUAAAAUGGAAAGUUUUAUCAAAAUUACUCUUGAAAAUUACUAAACAGUAAAUUAUUAACAUUUAUUGUGUAAAAAGUUAGCAUUUCUGAAGAAAAAAAAUUUUUUUUGAACCAUAGUUUACUUUAACAAGUUUUUCAUAUUAAGCAUGGGAUGAUUUUAUAUAUGUAUGUAUAUAAUGUGCCAUUUUGUCUGAAUUUUUUACCCAUUGAACAUUUAUGUCACAAAUUUUUUUUAUUAUUAUUUCUUAGAAAAAGUCUUUGUUAUGUUUUUGUUCAAUAACAGGUGCAAAGUUCUGUGAUCCAAUUGUACUAUUCUGGUCCUUUGAUACUGUUGAUUUUAUUAUGCAUAAUCAUUAUAUAGUUAUUAUAUGAAUUGUUUUUGUGCUCAAUGAGGGUGAGUGUUUUUAGGAUCAAUUUAUAUUUCAGUUUGUCAUUUUUUGAUUGCAAUUGUUAUAUGUUUCUGAUUUUGAAAGUUAUAUACUUUAUAUGUUUAAACCAUUGUUAUAUUAGUUUUCAUUGGAUUGAUGUCUUUUUUUUUUCUUUUAUAUAUAUAUAUAUUGAAACGUUUAAGUGUUCCUUCUAAUUUACAAAUUAGGAAACUAUUUUUGGCAUUUAUAGUCGAACUAUAAUUUAGGCAUUAAUUAUUUUUAUUACUUUUUUAUUAUUUUUAUAAAAUAAACAUGCCAUAUUUUUGUUGUCACUUUGCCAACUUAUACUGAGUCUUGGGAACUUUUUAUCUUUGUUUUAAAAUUAUUCUUAAAGCUAAAUUAAGCAUUUGUAUUAAAGCAUUUGAAAUUAUUAAAAUAGUAAAAUUUUUACUUAUAGAAUUUUUUUUGGAAAAAAAAAAAUUUUGUGAUAUUUUUCUUUUUAUUAGUUUUUAAAAGAGCUCUCUAAAAUUUAUAUAGUGAAAAAUUUAUAUUUAAAAAUAAUUAAUACCAUUCAUCCCUCUCCUCUAUUCACUUCAUUUAUGAAAGGAAAUAUUAAAUUCUGACACAAAUAGUGUUGAAAGUUGUAAAACUAGUUUGUUUAUACACUUAUCUCUAUUUUUUGAGCCUUGAGCAACUGUACUUUAAUUCUACACGCAUUAUGUAUGUCCUGAAAAAUUAGCCCUGUUAAGUUUAAUUAAAAGAUACUGCAGUUGAAAGACUUGAAAUUUUUACUAUUAAAAAUAAUAUUUCACUAGUUUCUCAUUCCAAAAGUUCAAACCAAACUCAAAGUAUAUAUUAACUGUCUCCACGGAGCUUUGUAACUGUCUAAAUUAUGUUUUUAAACUUGAAUAAAGUAUAAUGGUAUCAUGCUAGAGGAUUAAGUGCCUUUGAAUAAAUAAUCACUGAAAUAUGAAAAUGUUUGAAAGAAGAAAAGUAUAUCUCCAAAGCUCUGAACUACAUUUUCUUAUGGGCAUUUUACUAAUUUUGAUUGUUUAUCCAAAAAUAUAAGCCUAUUAAAUUUAAAAGAAUUUUAUUUAAUAUACAAAUUAUAUUAAUCAUUGAUAGCAUAAAUGUUAUUAACAAAUAGAGCAAAUGAAGCUUUGUAACACUGAUUGAAACAGUUCAGUUUUGUUUUUUAACUGUAUAGAAGUGAUUUAAUAUCUUAUAUUGACCCUUCUGUUUUUAUGAAAUUAAAGCCGGAAAAAAAAAAGUAUGUGACCACUAAAUAUAAUUUCAAAGGUAAAUAAAAAUGUUUGAAAAACAAAGCUUAUAGAAGAUAAUAGGUUGUUUUUUAAGUCAAAUAAUCUAUUCAAUAGUGACAUGUCUGUGUUAGAAUUUUGUAUUUUCUUUCAUAAACUCCAUAUUUGCCUAAAAAAACAUGAUAAUAAUUUUGAAUUUUUCUUUAAAUUUUGUGACAUAAAAAACCCAAAUCAUGCUGAUUUAACUAAUAUUAUAUGUGUUUGCAUAAUUAUGCAAAGUAUUAGAGCUGCAAUUUUCUUUAACUUGUUUGGUACUUUCCAUAUGGAGUUAUUUGAAACAUUAAGAACAGUCAAAUUCAAUACUGCUUCUGCCACUUUAGGUGUUUAGCAAAUUUAACAAAAAUGUUAUGCUGGCAGUAUAAAGUUGAGCUAUUACCAAUUAGUAAAUUUAAGUAUGUUUGUGGGAUAGGGCUAUAAUUGGUAUUAUAAAAAUUUGGAAAAUUGAUGUGGGUAUUAUUUUCUGACUAUUUUAAUUGCGAUUGGACCUGAUCCUGAUAAUUAGAUUGGAUAAAUAACAAAAAGUUAUAUUGUAAGAAAAUAACAAAAUUAUAAAGCUGACUACAGAAGCAAUACUCUUUAUGUUUGUGCUGUGUUUUUUGCUGCCUUUAGAUAUGUUAAUACCUUUCCUCCAAUUAAAUCAAACACUAGUUCUGGGACAAAAUAGUGCAGACUUUUCUAUCCACUACUUUCUUAAUAAAUAUCAACAAAAAAAAUGUGUUUUUUUUUUGCAAUGCAGUCAGAUUAAGUUUUGAAAAAGCUCAAACUUAAGCUCAGGGGGUUGAUAAUCAACUUCAACCUCUUUUCCCCUGUGUACUAAUUUGCAUGGCUCAGAUCAAGUUCUAAUGUUCAGUAUUGCACAAUAAUUAAACCGUCAGUGGCAUACACUGCUCAGUAUUUUCUGCAAUAUAUUAUAAUUUUUUUUUUUUUAAUAAUUUGUUGGAAUUUGUUAUUUUGUAACUAAUAGAGUAGAUAUAUAUAUAUUAAUAGAUUGUGUAAGUUUGAAGGUUUAUUACUUCAUUCCUUUAAUUAGAAAUAUAUUUUAUUAUUUGGAUUUAUUUCAAACGUUUUAAGGUGUUUGAAGUAACAUUUUAUUUGCAUUUUUAAGUCAUAAACUAGUAAAUUGAAAAUAUUUUACUAUAAAAUGCUGAGCCAGUCGUUAAAAUUAUUUUUUUUCUAGGAAUUUAUUUUAAAAAGAUUUUUAUUAGCAACCAUUUGAAAUUUUUAAGGAAUAUUUAAAAUUUCAAAGUUAAACUUAAAAUCAUGUGCGCUGAAAUUGGUAGAUUGUUUGAGAAGCAAAAUUUGAAAAUAAAAAUAAUAUAUCCUUUAAAAAUUUAUGAAACUUAAUUGAGUUAUGAACUUGCCCUACUUAUUUUUUAUUCUAAAAAUACUUACAUUUUCUUCAGCCCUAUAAUUUUUCUCAUUUAAUAUGAAAGACAUUUAAUAUUGCAUCUGCAUAUAUUCCUUUUCACCCUUUUUUAUUUUCUUAAAGAAUUAUAAUUUGCACUCAUACCUUUACUUUUCCCAGAGCAAUUUUAUUGAGAAACUUUCAAAACAUGAAAUUUUAUUUAAAAAAAAUUUUAUGCAACAAGAGUCUUCAAUUAUUAGUUUUAGAUUGGCAAUUACAGCCUCUAAAAUAACUAUUUUUAAAAUUGUUUUCUUUUUUAUUUUACCUUGUAAACCAUUAUAGGCCACACGGAAAAAACCUUAAACAAUAAGUAUGCAAAAAAUUAAUGAGUUUUGUAAAAUGCAAAAAUGUUCAAAAGAAUAUUAUCAAAUCAGUUUUUUAAAAAUUUCUUGUUGCACAAUUUUUUUUAAUGUGAAAAAAAACACCCGCGUUAAAAAAAAAUUAAAAAAAUUUCCAUUUAUAAUUCCCAAUCUGAUUGGUCGAUAAUCUAAUAAUUUAUAUAUUAAAGAAUAUUGUUGAAUAAAGUAAAUAAAAUUGCAAUCUUUAGUAUAUUUGUGAUAAUUUAAGGAAGAUUAUUAUAUUAAACAUUUCUUCCUUCCGUCCACACCUCUCAGCAGUCAAGUUCAAUCAUGAGGAAAGAAGCAUCUUAAAACAUGUAAUUUAGUCCUUUUUAUUAAAAAUAAUAAGAUACUGAAGAUAGAAAAUAUUAAGAUACUGAUAAGAUAUGGAUUUUUUUUUCAUUUAAAUGAUAGUUAUGCCAGUCCUGAAUCUUCUUUUUAAUUAAACGCUUAAUUUCAUUUUGUAGUCAAAGCUGGAAAGCCAUUCCCUCUGCUGAAGAUAAAAUUGAAUUGGAAUGUCUUUGGAUCAUCCUCAGGGAUGUUUCCCAGACCAUCGUGAACAGCCCAUUGUGCUGCUGUAGUGUGACAUUAAAUGAAAUACGCUUAUUUUUUUACAUUCUUAAAACCAUGAAAAUUAUACAACUUUUGAUUAGUUUAAUGUUGUGCUUUUUUUCUUUAUUUUAAGAUGUAGGAUGAUGUGUAAAACAUUAGUAUAAUUUUGGAUUAAAACUUGUUUAAGUACAUCAUUUUAAAUUGUGCAUAACAACUAAAAGUGCUAGAUUCUUCAAAUGCAAAGCAAUGUCUCUUUAUUCAUCUUUCUUUACGCUCUCUGAAAGUCUAGCUACAUCACUGGAAUCUACCAAUUAAUUGCAACAACACUAUUAGCAGUUUCUUGUAUAGAAAUUCUAUAAUUUCUUUUUGAACAGAAGUCUCAAAAUAUUUUUAAUUCAAUUUUUU